GAGAACUUAUUAAAACUGGUGAUAUCAUUCAAGAGCUUCAUUAUGGUCUGUAUUUACGAGACUGGUGGUUUUUUUCUGAUGACAAUCUUAUCCCUCCUAUUCCUAUACAUUUGGGACUUGAAAUUAUGAUACAACUUAAUAAAAAACCUUUUAUUAUUUGUGUAGUUCGCUAUAUACAUAGCCCUUUACAACCUGAGUACAUAUGUGAAGGAAGUGGACAAAGCAGUAGUAUUGUUACAAGUGCUUCUACUGCAAUUAUAUCUGUUUACCAAAUGGUUUUUAGCACUAAAGCAAAAUUUUCAGGUCUUGUGUAUUUAGGUUUAAAUCAGGAUAAAACAGCACAAAAAUUAUUAGAAAAUAUUACUUUUUAUCCUUUUAUUAUUAAAUUAGAAAAUAUUUCGAUUUUUGUUGGAUCACUUGGUAAAAUCUUAUAUUCAAACCCAAAUAAAGUUGGUUGUCGUUAUAUGGCAUCAUUAUUUUAUAAAUAUAAAGCAAAACAAUCAGUUUUUUCUCAAUAUAUUCGUGACAAUUUAUAUACAAUUACAAUUUAUCAAAAUAGCCAAAUUAUUGCAAAAUACAAUGAUAGUUCACCUAAUGCCAUUUGGCAACAAACUGGUAUUCUAAAAUCUAUCCCGGGUAAUAUUUUAUUUGCUAUAAAUCAUCCCACAACUUUACAAAAAUUGAAACAAGCAUAUGAAAUAAAAUUUCUUCAUCAAACACCUAUACCUAAUCAAUGCACAUAUACAGAUUGGGAUAACAAAAUAAUUAUGGAACACUUGUUUGAAUUACAUUUAAACAAAGCAGUUAUAUUUUGUGCUGCAGGAUGUACAGAAAUUACUCCAUAUAACAAAGAAAUUUCAGAGGUCGAAUUUUGGACAAACGCACCUAAUCCUGGAAAAGAUCGCGAUACCCUUAGAAAUCUAUAUGAAGAUGGAUUUUUGAAUAUAUCAUCGCAAACUUCAUCAGAUAAAGAAAUUAUAUCACAGGCUUCAUCAGAUAAAGCACACAUAUCAUUGCAAAUUUUCCCAGACAAGAUAUUUUGGAACUGCUUUCGUGAUAGCUAUGAUGCGAAUUCUAUAGGAAUAGAUGGCAAAAUAUCCCCAAAUACAAUUAAUAAUGCUCGAAAAUUUUCUCGUAUUAAUAGACCAGGAUGUAUUGCGUUAGAAAAACCUAUCAUUACCCGUUCAAAAAUGUCAGUUAUCAAAGAAAAAGAGUUUGAAUUAUUCUUUAAUAACAAAGAUAAUGUAAAUAUGAGUUCUUAUAAAGUAGAUCACCAAACAAAUUUAUCUGUACUUUAUUUAAAAGACCAAAAAAAUGCGCUUUGGAAAAAGUUUUCUGCCACUUAUCCGGAUAGAAUGAAGCGUACAUCUUUCAUGGCCCGUUUACAAAAUAGUUGUUUUCAAUAUAGAGAAGAUUUAGGAGGAUUAUGCAUGACAUGUAAUGAUUAUGGAUAUCAACCUUUUGAAGAUUUGAUUGAGAUAAUUAAUUCAACCUUUUCUUAUAAAACAAUACGGGACGAUCUAAUCAAUAAAAUGGAAUUACUGCGUCGUCAUCUAAAACGAAAUUAUGAAAAGGAAUUAGUGAUUAAUAAGAAUG